AUAGAACUCCAAGCCGCAUUCAUCAUCGCAUCAUUGUACGCAUCGGUGUUUAUUCUACCUUCCCGGCAGUAAAUAAGACGCAUUUUGGACAUUUAUUAUCAUCUUUUUCCGUCAUUACUCGACAGUGUUAAAAGUGUUGUGAUUAUUUUUUUGGAAAAACAAAAACCGAUUGCAAAAAUGAUGACCAGAAACCGAUCGAAUAAGUUGAACGGCGAUGCACCACAGAAUGCGAACGUCGAAACAUCAGACAGCAAGAAUGGUAAAGCGACAAAAAGAACUCCGACCAGCAAAGCAUCGGAGAGUCCAAGUGCAAAGGUUUCGAAAAAAGCGAGCCCACAGGCUUUGGACAAUCCAGUAAUUGAUGCAAAAUCCGUAUACGAUUUCACUAUGAAGGAUACGUUCGGCAAAGACGUACCAUUAUCCAAAUAUAAGGGAAAGGUUUUGCUCAUCGUGAACAUUGCUUCGAAAUGUGGAUACACAAAGAAAAACUACGAUGAAUUGAACACAUUGCAAGAACAGUACAAGAAUAAAGAUUUCCAAAUUCUAUCGUUCCCAUGCAACCAAUUUGGUAGUCAAAUGCCGCAGAAGGAUGGCGAAGAUAUGAUGUGUCAUUUGGAGAAGCGAAAUGUCAAAGUUGGCGAUGUGUUCCAGAAAAUCGAUGUGAAUGGAAAGAAUGCAGCUGCGUUGUACACGUAUUUAAGGCAAAAACAAGGUGACGGUGCCAAUGUUAAGUGGAAUUUUGUCAAGUUUUUAGUUGACAAAAAGGGACAACCCGUUGAACGCUUGGGUUCAUCCACUUCACCACUUCAAAUCGUUCCAAAAAUUGAUAAACUCCUCGCUGAAUAAGUUACACAUGGAUGUAUGUGCGGUUUUUUUCUUCGAACUGUUGUUUACGAUUUUUUUCAAUUUUUAUUUGCUACAGAUUAACUAGAAUCUUCUUAUUUCAUCUUUGAAUCACUCGUUUUCAUUAUGCAUAACAGAGGAAGCACAAAUAAAAUCACCGAAAAACGCCAAAA